ACGCUCUCUCUCACUCCUUAAAUUCCCCUGAAUCAAAGAGACGUCUCUUCACUCUUAUCCUAAGCAUACCCAAACUCUUAUCCUACGCGCGUACACACUCAGCAAUUAAAGAAAAAUGGCGCACGAUAUCCAAAUCCAACUCCCGUGUGACGGAGAUGGCGUUUGUAUGAAAUGCAAAUUAAAACCAAUAGAUGAAGAAACGCUAACGUGUAGCACGUGCGUAACUCCGUGGCACCUGACUUGUCUUUCCUCUAAAACAGAAACCCUAGCUUCAACUCUCCAAUGGGAGUGUCCUGAUUGCUCCGGUGCUGGCGGUGGUGGUGACGACGUCACUGCUGCAGCACCUGCGGACGUGGCAGCAGGAGGAGGAGGAAGUGAGUUAGUGACCAAAAUAAAAGAGAUUGAAGCUGAUGUUACGCUUAAUGAAAAGGAAAAAGCUAAAAAAAGACAAGCGUUAUUGAGUGGUACAAUUGAUGAUAACGACGAUGAUGAUGGCAGUGAAGAUAACAGUAAAAAUGAUGUUUUUGAUGUUCUUGAUGAGGCUUUUAAAUGCGCUUUUUGUAUGCAGUUGCCUGAACGUCCUGUUACUACACCAUGUGGCCACAAUUUCUGUCUCAAGUGUUUCCAGAGAUGGAUUGGACAAAGAAAGCUUACUUGUGCGAAAUGCCGCUCUGCAAUUCCUCCAAAAAUGGCUAGUCAGCCGCGUAUUAAUUCUAGUCUUGUAGCUGCCAUUCGUAUGGCUAAGUUGUCAAAAUCAAUUGUUUCUGGGGGGCUACCGAAAGUUUACCAUUUUGUGCACAAUCAAAACAGGCCAGACAAGGCAUAUACUACUGAACGUGCACAAAGAUCUGGCAAGGCUAAUGCUUGCAGUGGAAAGAUAUUUGUUACCGUGCCACCUGAUCAUUUUGGGCCUAUUCCAGCUGAAAAUGAUCCAGAAAGAAAUCAAGGUGUACUUGUUGGGGAGUGUUGGGAGGAUAGAUUGGAAUGCAGGCAAUGGGGUGCACAUCUUCCUCAUGUUGCUGGUAUUGCUGGUCAGUCAAACUAUGGUGCACAGUCAGUUGCACUUUCUGGAGGCUAUAUAGAUGAUGAAGAUCAUGGUGAAUGGUUUCUGUACACUGGAAGUGGCGGUCGGGACCUGAGUGGAAAUAAGAGAACAAAUAAGGAGCAGUCAUUUGAUCAGAAAUUUGAAAAGAUGAAUGAGGCGCUUAGACUGAGUUGCAGAAAGGGCUACCCUGUUAGGGUUGUGAGGUCUCACAAGGAGAAACGUUCCUCAUAUGCCCCUGAAAGUGGGGUGCGCUAUGAUGGAGUUUAUAGAAUAGAAAAGUGCUGGCGGAAAGUUGGAAUUCAAGGUCAUAAGGUUUGUAGAUACUUAUUUGUUAGAUGCGACAAUGAACCUGCUCCUUGGACAAGCGAUGAGCAUGGUGACCGACCAAGACCCUUGCCUGUUAUAAAAGAGCUUGCAAAAGCAACUGACAUAACGGAGAGAAAGGAAAGUCCAUCAUGGGAUUUUGAUGAAAGUGAUGGGCGCUGGAAAUGGAAAAUACCUCCACCUCAAAGCCGAAAACCAGUUAAUGCUAGAAACUCUGAGGACUUAAAGAUGUCAAGGAAAGUUAUUCGGAAAGCACAGAAUACAAGUGUGAGGGACCGACUCCUAAAAGAAUUCAGUUGUUUAAUAUGUCGGCAAGUGAUGAAUCAACCAAUUACAACGCCCUGUGCGCAUAACUUCUGCAAGUCGUGUUUGGAGGGUGCAUUCACUGGGAAGACUCUUAUGAGAGAGAGAAGUAAAGGUGGACGGACACUUCGGGCACAAAAAAAUAUCAUGCACUGCCCUCGUUGCCCAACGGACAUUUCUGAUUUUCUUCAAGACCCUAAGGUUAAUCGAGAAGUAAUGGCAGUGAUUGAAUCACUUCAACGUCAGACAGAAGAGACUGUGGAUUCUGUGGAUGAUUCAGGUGAGGAAGAGGCAGAUGGAUCUGAGGAGAAUCCUUGUGUUACAGAAGCUGGAGAAGAUGAUUCUGAGAAGACUGCUGCUCACAAUGGCUUGGAGAAUCCAAGUAAGUGUGAGCCUGAGGUUGCCAUCGAGCAGAAGAAAGAGAAUGAAAUUUCUGCAGGGAAGACUGGGUGCGGAAAUGAGCACUCUGAAGAAGCUAGCAAACUAGAGUCAGAAGUUGCUGAAGAUGGUGGUUUGAAUGUGCAAGUCCCUGCAGCAAGGCUCUCUUGUAAAAGGAAGAUUCCUGACAGUGGGGCUGAGUCACGGGAACCAACUGUUGGGGCAAAGAAAAGGAACCGUAGAGGUCAGGAAGCAACAGCGGAUGGCAAUAAUUCACCAUCAAGUCCUCUCAAUGUGAGAUCAUCUGAUGAUGACUUUGAAUGAAUGAUACAUUGAUUCUCAUUUCUGUUUGAACUAUUUUUAGAAACUUGACAAGGUUCAUGGUGACCUUCUCCCACAACUUUAUGGGUACCCAUGCUUCAAUUUUGAAUGGCUGGGUUGUUUUGGGAGCAACACAUAUCUGUUUCUGGAUGGUAGAAAGUAUCUACUGAUACAGCAUCCCCUUCUGAAAACAUUCACCAUGAUAAAUUUUUUCUACCUAUAUAUUUAUAUAUUAUACACACAUGUAUGUAUAUUUUUCAUGA